AGUCAUUGGUCGAAAGCGUCAGUCGCUGAAGUCGAUUCGCUUUUCUGUGACCAGAAGGGUGAAAAAUACGCGGUAUUCAAUGGAAAUGCUGUCUUUUAUGAAAUUAGUAAUUUAAAUUCGUAGGCUACAUUGCAUGACACAAUGCAGAAGCUGGCAGAGGACACGUUAAGGAGCUUUACCUCACGCCCCGAGGGCUUGAAGUCGCAACACAUCGGCUCCUCUAGGCACCGGAGGGAUGUUAACACGAAGAUAGAUGAAACUUCUCAGCAUAUUGACAUGAUGAGUCACAAGCAAGCCUGCAUCGACCUGGAGAAGGCCUCCCAGUUCAUCACACAAGCAUUACAGCAUGAAGUAGGCAGGAACCGGGAGCUCUGCGUGUUGAUUCGCCGACUGGAAGAGAGGGAGGCGGAGUCUGGCUGGAGACUGACAGAGCAGGUGGAGUCCAACAAACAGCUGAGGUCGAAGGUCGACGAACUACAGAAACACCUGGAGGAAAAAGACAACUCACUGACACAAGCCAACCAGACUGUGGUUUUCCUGAGGAAUGAACUGAGGGACCUGCAUCAACAGCUCCAGAGACAACAGAGUAAUCAUGGGAGGUUCCAGGAAGUGGAGUGGCUGCAGGGUGAGGAGAGCCAGCUGAAGGCUGAGAGUCAGCUGGUCUCGUCUGAUGGUCAGAGGCUGCUGGAGGGUCCAGUCUCUGGGAUUAAAGAAAAAGAAGACGAUGAUGACGAUGGCUAUGGAGAGUACAGUCAGCCUGUAGAGAGAACUGACCCCAGAACAGAACACACCGUCUAUUCAGUUGAAGACAUAAAGACGGAACUGAUCCAGGAAGAAGAGGACGAAACAAACGUGGCUCCGGUCCUCAGCCCUGAGACUGACCUGUGCCUCACAGACCCCCUGUAUCUGGCCCAGCUGAGCGGGGUGGCCGUGGAGCUGGUGGACUGCUGCAGAACACAAGAACAGCAGGGGAACGACGCAGAGAACCACAGAGAUGGAGAACAGCCUGAGACCUUGAAAUGGAAAGCCCCAUGUACCUCCUCCUCCACUGCCCCCUCUGAGAGCCCUCCAUCCAGCUGGACCCAGCAGACUGUCGCCUCCUCCUCCUCCACCAUCUCCUCCACCUUCUCCACAGAGCUGGAGGACUCCAGAGGUCUCUCCCGUCCUCCGUGCGAGGACCGCUUCAGCUCGCAGCUCAAGUCGUGUCCGUGCAUCCACACGGGAGAGAGGCGGCACCACUGUAAUCAGUGCGGCAAGAGUUUCCCUUACGUGGGAAACCUCAUAAGACAUCAGCGCAUUCACACCGGAGAGAGGCCGUACCGCUGCACACAGUGUGGCAAGAGCUUCAACCAAGAGGGAAGUCUGAAACUACACAUGCGCAUUCACACCGGAGAGAGGCCGUACUACUGCACCCAGUGUGGCAAGAGUUUUAUUCAAGAGGGAAAUCUCAAAACACACCAACGUAUCCAUACUGGAGAGAGGCCGUACCACUGCACCCAGUGUGGCAAGAGUUUCACCCAAGAGGGAAGUCUCAGAACUCACCAGCGUAUACACACAGGAGAGAGGCCGUACCACUGCACUCAGUGUGGCCAGAGUUUUACUGAAAGGGGAGAUCUCAAACGACAUCAUCGCAUUCACACAGGAGAGAGGCCUUACCACUGCACUGAGUGUGGCAAGAGUUUCACCCAGCUGCACCACCUUAAAGUACACCAGCGCACUCAUACAGGAGAGAGGCCGUACCAGUGCACCCAUUGUGGCAAGAGUUUUUGUACGAAGGGAAAUUUGAAAAAACAUCAACUUAAGCACACCGGGGAGAAUCUGUAGACCUGUCCUGGGCGGCAAGUGGAGGUAUUUGUGUCACACCGUAGGCUUAAAGGUGUAGUCCAUGAUUCUAAUCUGUAAGAUUUUACAGCAUGUCCUGCCUGUGAACAUGAGACUCACAGUAAAGCAGCCGCUGUGACCACCAAACAUGUGGUCACCAUAAUCUCCCAAAUGGUAAGCUCAUCAUGGUAACAAAGGAUAGGUCCCCACGCUGAUAUUGCACACACACCUGGGGUCAGGAAGCAAACUGUUGUGUGAGCAGCCACAUAUCGUAGUUUGUGGAAUAGGGAAUGGGAUGGGACAUUGUGGAAUGGGGGAAGGCCACUGAGAACCAUCUUACGCAAAGGGUAAAAGGGAGAGGAACUGAAUCAUCAUACAGAACAACAAAAGGUCGCCAGACCUGUUUGCAUUAGAAGCUGAGUUAGGUUCCAUUACAGGCAGGUAACCUAAACAGUAUAUUUGACUGUAGCUUUGAGAUGCUUGUUGUUCAGACCCACGGUGUUAUUGGUAGGGGUGCCAGUACCUAAGGACCCUGGACUCCACACACACACAGACACACACACUGUUGUGCUGUUCUUGUAGGUCACAUUAGCCACAGGUUGUGCGGUCAGUACAAACAGAUGCCGAGUUUUAUUUACACACUCACAAACAUGGCAAACAUGUGUAAGGUUACACGAAGCGGUGGUAAACCACACAGCACCAAAAAAGGUAAAAAAAAAAAAAAGAAAAAGUAUGUUAAUUGUUUAAGUGUUUCUUUUUCGUUUUAAGGGCGGGCGGGCGGGCGGGAUGCUGGGGGUGUGUUGCCUUAGACUGACUCACACUGUAGUUUAGACAGAACUCUUUCAUGAACACACCCCAUCCACAAGGGGGCGCCAGCCUGCUCCUGGGUUACCUGUGGGUCUAGCUGCCCUGAAGCGGCACUAAUAGAGGACGAAAUCGGCGCUUAGAAACCUGAAUUCUGUUGGUUACGUGGGGGAAGUUUGUUUAAGUAUUUAUUUUGUGUUUGGCACGUUAAUCUCUCUCCACAAUGAAUGCUCUUUGGUCAAACUUAGAUCAAUGAACACAUUCAUGGACACACCCCAAACCACAAGGGGGCGCCAGCUGAGGCCUGAAUGCUGUUGGUUAACCUCUCCACAAUGAAUGAAGGAAUGCUCUUUGGCCUAACAGAGAUCCAUGAACACAUUCAUGAACACACCCCAUCCACAAGGGGGCGCCAGCCUGCUCCUGGCUACCUGUGGGGUUGAAGCCUAAUGAAGGACAAAAUCAAUUGAAGCCUGAAUGCGGUUGGUUAACCUCUCUCCACAAUGAAUGAAUGCUCUUUGGCCUAACGGAGAUCAAUAAACUGGGCUAUUUGGACUCAU